GUUUUUGUCGAGACCCCAUGAGUCAGUGAAAUUUGAGUCUUCGUUAAGCCCCGAGUAAGUGAAACGAGUGUUCACCAAUCAGUGAAACUCAAUUGUUCGUAAAGCAAACGUGAGUCAGUGACAAAUCAGUCUUCAUUAACUCGUCUUGGUCAAACUAUGACUAAGUGAGCCUCGAGUCUUUAUCAGCCCACGAGUCAUUGAAACUCAAGUCUUUGUGGACCUGUGAGUCAAUGAAUCUUGAGUCUUCAUCAACAUGUGAGGUAGUGAAAAUCGAGUCUUAGUCACCCAAUGAGUCAGUUAACCUUGAGUCUUUCUCUUCCUCAGCCUGAGUCAAUGCAACUCAAGUCUUUGUCAAUCCCUGAGUCAAUGAAACUUGAGUCUUCCUCAAUCAGUCAGUCAGUGAAAGUUGAGUCUUCGUCAAUCAGUGAGUCAAUUAAAUUCAGGUUUUUGUCGAGCACUCUUGAGUCGUUGAAAAUCAAGUCUUCGUCAACCUUUGAGUUAGGGGACGUGAGACUUCCUCAACCUGUGAGUUAGUAAUACUGAGUCACAGAAACGAUAUCCAUGUGGUACCUGUGAGCCAGUGAAAUGUGAUUCUUCUUCAACCUGUGACUCAGUAAAACUGGCUGACUUAGAGAGUGAAUCGUUCAUUGUGAGUUGAUUGGAGUUGGUGUACUUAUUACGAGCGAGCAAGUGAACAAGUUAACGAGUGCGAUCAUGAUAUGCACAUCUCGACCACUUUGUGGCUUUUUAAAACAACAUUAAGGUCUUGUUUGGCAAAAGUUAGCAUUGAUGUAUUUCCAUAUUUAAUAUCAGACAACAGCAGCACAGUAAUACGUUGCUUUUGUGAUAUUUAUGAGUUACGUUUACCAAAAUAACUCUUGGAUGUGGAGUUGAAAAAUGAAGUAUGGUAUUGCACUUUGAAGGGAACAUGUUACGGACAACUGACUUUUGAAUUUGCUUAUCCAAAUAUUUAGCUAUAUGCCCACGUAUGAAGGUGUGAAAUGUUAUUUGUUUAUAUCAUCAAAUCAUUUACAUACGCUCCCUGGGCUUAUAGGAUCCACCAUUGUCUUUUCUCACAAGAGACUACAUGGAAAUACGAUCUCGUCAAAGCCAAAGUAGAACCACAGUAAUGUCGGAUAUACUGAUUGGCAGAUUUUCAGGGUGAAUUUUUUUUCCCACGCUGCUCUGACCAACACGCCCGUCACAACAGUACCGCCCCUCAAAACAGCCUGCUCUGAAUAUUGUGGAAUUUGGUCCAAGGAAUGUUAUGGAAAGACACAAAGGAACUGCUUAAAUCUGUGAAAAAAACGCAGUAGGAGUCGCAAAUACUUUGAACGUUGGCCUUCGCCGAGGCUGCCCUUUGUCACUGAUUCUAUUCAGAACUUUCAUAGACAGAAUUUCUAAUAGCAGUUCGGAGGCCUUCUGAUCUGGUUUCUGCUAUUUGCAGAAAAUGUGGUCCUGAUGGCCUCACUGGACUGUGACCUUCAGAAUUUACUGAGACUGGGUUUAGAUGAGGAGACUCGACACCUCCAAAUCAGAGGCCAUGGUUCUCAGUUGGAAAAGUCGGAUUGAGUUCUGCUUCCCAGUUGGGAAUGAGGACUUCAAGUAUCUUAGGGUCUUGUUUUGAGGUAAGGUCGGAGCGUGAGGUCGAUAGGCGGAUCGGUUCAGUACCAGACCAUGGUGAAGAGAGAACUGAGCCGGAAGACGGAGCUCUAAAUUAACCGGUGGAUCAACUGAAUGUUCCCACCCUCGACGACGUAGGCUUUGGGUUGUGACCAAAAGAACGAGAUCACGGAUUGCUGAAAUGAGUUUUGUCUUGCUGGACUCACCGAAAGAGCUAGGAUGAGGCUGAGGCGGCCCGGGCUUCAAGUCCAUCUGCUUCCUCACCAGCUAGUCGCUAUCAGUCUGCAGGGCCAUAAAAUAUUCCAUUUCAAGCUUCAUUAGGUUAUUUUCUGCUCGAGUAAAUGAGAGCUUGGUGAGCGGCGCCGUGAACCCCGCCUCCCAAACGACACCCAUCCUUCCCUCAUGCCAUCCAUGAUCUUGUCCUGGUGGAGCCAUAAGCAUCUGGCGUUCACCAGGAAGACAACCAACCUCUAGACAUAUUUACCAGCUACACUCAGCUUCAUCUGGUUUUUUUUGUUGUCAUAUAUCCAUCUGUCUCAUAGCUUUAUUGCAGAAGUUAGCAUGUAAGCUACUGCCUGGAAGGAACUGACCAUGGAAGGAGUCAGUGUGACCAUUUUUGUUACCGUGCAGAAGAUCUACUACCCACUACUUUGCAUCGUGGGUAUUCCAGCAAAUCUCUUCACCUUCUAUAUCAUCUGCUUCCGCAAAUGCGGCAUGUCCGACACAGCCAUGGUGUACCUGAGCUGUCUGGCCAUAGUGGACACUUUCUACGUGGUGUGGGUCAUCCUCAUUGACCUCACCCUCACCUUUUGGGUGCUGCAGCCCUUCUGGCACUCCCACCCGUGGUGCAGCAUCCUGGGCUUCUUGCAGUACGGUUCCCUGUACAGUUCCUCCUGGAUCGUGGUGGUGUUCACCAUCGAGCGCUACCUGGCCCUCCGCAGCACGGCCAAGCAACACUUCUCCCAGGCUCGGGUCACCAAACUGACCUGCGCGGGCGUGGUUGUUGUGUCGCACUUGGCGUCGGUGCCGCUCUGCUGGAUCAACGUUAUGGAGUCCGUCGACAUCACGGUGGACGGAGAAAAUGUCACCUUGCCUCGAUGUCAGUACCGGGAUGAGACCUACUCCACCGUUAUCGUGUGGGUGACCACGUUCCUGUCAGGUGGGAUCCCCAUCGUGCUGGUCAUCGUCUUCAACUACCUCAUCGGGUGUCACCUUCACCGCGCCAGCAACCUCUUCACCAAAGAGGAGCGUCGUGUCAUCAGGGGGCGGAGCACCAAGGGGAUGGUAAGGAGGACCAUCCUCCUGCUGGGAACCGUCUCUGCGGCCUUUGUGGUGCUCAGCCUGCCUCGCUUUGUCACGUACUGCAUCCUGAGGACCGAGUACAACAAGGUGGACUUCGACCGCAACAACUACCGCAUCCCCAUCAAUAUCGCCGGCGACGUGGCCAACAUGCUGCAGAACCUCAACUCCACCACAAACUUCUUGCUCUACUGCGUGGUCAGCAGGCGCUUCCGACAGGAGCUGGUUCGAACGCUGACUUGUACAGCGUCCGCCCGUGACCCCUCCUCGUACGUCACACAGACUUUGAACGUCUUUUCCGUUUCAGAGUGUAAGGCCACGCCGUCCCAAGACCGGCCCAGAAGAGAAUCCUCAACACUAUAAACGAAUGACCAACCUCAGAACUAUUCAUUGGAACGUAAUGGGGGGGUCCAAAC